AUGGCUCAGCCUCUGGUGAAGAAGGACGACGACCGGGACGACGAAGGUCUGAUCUCGAUCCCGAUCCCCUCUCUGCUUCUGUUCUUCGAUCUCUGCUGCCUCGGUGGCGAUUUCGUUUUUCGUUUGCGGAAAUUCGCGCGAGUGUAAUGCUCGGUGUUUCUUGGAGCAUCCAUUUCCUUUUAAGGCGCCAUCGGGCCGCCUUUCCUUCUGCCAUUGCCCUACUAGAUCUGAAUCUGAAGUUGCACGAGUAGAUCUGAGGGUGACGGUUUUGGGGACUUGUCUACAUCGUGAAGUUAUACUGGUUGAUGUUGGACCUGGUCAUUCUAGGCCUUUUAUCCUUCGGAUUAUGCCAGACUCGUUUAGAUCUAGGGAUACUUUCUUAACGACUUGGAUCGCGUGGUUUAUUAUCCGCUGUACUCCGUGUGAUGUGAGCCGGAACCGUUGUCUUGAAUAAAGAAGCUGAAACUUCGUUCGUUUUGCAGAGGAAUACUCUCCAUUUCUAGGGAUCGAAAAAGGUUCUGUCCUACAAGAGGCUAGAGUAUUUAAUGAUCCUCAGCUGGAUGCUAGGCGAUGCUCUCAGGUACUAUUAUCCCACGGCAGAAAUACUCUUCCGACUUAAACCUUUUUUUUUUGGUGUAAUUCAUUCCCUUUUUCCUUUGAUUCUAUGUGUACAGGUGAUAACGAAGUUGUUAUAUUUACUCAAUCAGGGUGAAACCUUUACAAAGGUCAGCUUUUAUUGAACACUCGAUCCACAAAACCCUCGACCUCCUCCUAUCCUUAUAUACCCUUGGCUCUUUUAGUCUAUUUUUCUGACGAUUGAAUCAUAUUUUUCUUGCGGACUUUCGUAGAUUGAAGCAACAGAAGUUUUCUUUUCCGUCACCAAACUUUUCCAAUCCAAGGACUCAGGUCUCAGGAGAAUGGUUUAUCUGAUCAUCAAGGAGCUCUCACCUUCUGCUGAUGAGGUUGGCUUUGGAACAUUCCCAUAUUUCUUCAGAACCCGCUGUUCUACUCUCCUCCAGAUAGAGAGCCUUUGGAAAUUCAGAAUUGACUCUUCCCUCUUUACAUUAGGUUAUUAUUGUCACGAGCUCACUGAUGAAAGACAUGAAUAGCAAGACGGAUAUGUAUAGGGCAAAUGCCAUUCGUGUUCUUUCUAGAAUAAUCGACGGUACACUUCUCACUCAAAUUGAGCGAUACUUGAAGCAAGCCAUAGUUGACAAGAACUCAGUUGUUGCUAGUGCUGCACUUGUCAGUGGCGUGCACUUACUGGAGGUAAUUUCUAUUGAUUCUAUAUCAUUGAUGAUCGAUAUGUUCAUAGAUCAGCCACCUUAGGGUCAAUUUGAAAUUGUUUCAACAGACCAAUCCUGAUAUUGUCAAACGAUGGAGUAAUGAGGUGCAGGAAGCUGUCCAGUCAAGGGCUGCCCUUGUGCAGUUUCAUGCUUUGGCUCUUCUUCACCAGGUAAUUUUUUUUAUUCUUUGUUUGUUCACGUACCUAUAAGGAAAUGAAAAUCCCAUUGGCACAUUGGUGGCCAGUUGAUUGAUGUUUUUGCACAGUAUUUCUUUAAAUCCAUCCCUUUUCUAGGCAAGCCAGAGCUUUAAACGCUCUUAUAUUGUGUAUCAAGGUUAAGAAGGAAUUUCAUUUGGGAAUAUAACCAAGCUCUGAAAUUGCAGAUACGACAGAAUGACCGCUUGGCUGUUAGCAAGCUUGUUACAAGCUUGACGAGAGGAAAUGUCCGUUCACCUUUGGCCCAGUGUCUUCUGAUACGAUAUACUAGCCAGGUUAUUUGAACUAUUUGAUUAUUGAUGCAUAAUGAUGUAUGCCUGUUUUUCGUUGAUGAAAGCUCCUAUCAUUUUUUGCUAGCAUUAUUGUUUCGGUAAAAUGAUAUUAAUGGUAGGCCUAAUUUUCUACUGCCAGGUGAUAAGAGAAUCAGGUACGCAAACAGGAGAGCGACCGUUUUUUGAUUUCUUGGAGGCCUCCCUGCGGCAGAAAGCUGAGAUGGUAAUAUUUGAAGCGGCAAGGGCAAUAACAGAGUUAAAUGGGGUUACCAGUCGGGAGUUGACUCCUGCAAUUACUGUUCUGCAACUAUUCUUGAGCUCAUCAAAGCCCGUUCUUCGGUUUGCUGCUGUUCGAACUUUAAAUAAGGUUGCAAUCUCUUUCUUUCAAAAAAAUAUCUUGUCAUUUAAUUUCUGUAAUCUAGCAACGUACCAAGUUCCUGAACCCAUCCAUUCUUGGCUGGACCUGAUUGGCCGCUUUCCUUCUACUGUCAUGGCGUAGAUUCUUAUCUGGAUUCCAGAGAACUGAUCUAAUGCGUUCUUGCUUAGUGAGACAGAUUAUAGAGUCGGUAUUUUCCUUAGUGGCAUUUCUGUUAAUGCUAACUCGUUCUUUUUAUUUAUGUACUCUACCAUUUCCUUAGUCAGAACGUGGUGCUGUCAUCACGUUCUAAAAAAGAAACGUACCACUUUUCUUCCCUUGUUAGUAGAAGCCUUUAAGGCUAAAAGCUGUGUUGAAUGAUAUAAGUUCUAUGGUAAUGACAAAAAACCUUUAUCUGCGGAAAAUAGUCGAACGUUCCUGUUGGUGAAUAUUCCUGAUCUUUACUGUGUUGCUGAUGGAUGAUGUGCAUACAUUUCUUCCAAUGUUCCAUUUCUUUUUUUUCCAAGUCCAAGUUUUAGAUAUGUGCUUAUGAUAAAUAUGUCGCUUUUUUCCCUUUCUCCGUUGCUCAUUUUUGCCUCAAGACGAACUCUUUUUCUUUUAUUUCGGUUCUGGACAGUAUUUCUGUUUCUUUGUCAUGGAUUCGUAGACUUCUCCUAAAAAUCAUGUUGUGAUCUGACAUAAUGAUAAUUAUUUUUUAUUGUUUCUUGCAGGUGGCUAUGGCACACCCUUUGGCUGUAACAAACUGUAAUAUAGACAUGGAGAGUUUAAUAUCAGAUCAAAACAGGAGCAUUGCUACACUCGCGAUCACCACUCUUUUGAAAACUGGCAACGAAUCAAGUGUAGAUCGUUUAAUGAAGCAGAUAACCAAUUUCAUGUCUGAUAUUUCUGAUGAGUUCAAAAUUGUUGUUGUUGAGGCUAUUCGAUCCUUAUGUUUGAAGUUUCCGCUGAAAUAUCGCUCACUGUAAGCAAUUCACGUCCACAUUCGCGCUUUUUAUAUUAGUUUUUUUUAAAACUUUAUUUGAAGCCAUUUUUUUCUCUUUGUGCAACCAUAUUUCAGGAUGAGCUUCUUAAGCAAUAUUCUCCGAGAAGAGGGGGGCUUUGACUUUAAAAAGGCAAUUGUUGACUCGAUUGUUCUCCUCAUCCGAGAUAUCCCUGAUGCUAAAGAAAGUGGAUUGCUGCAUCUGUGUGAGUUCAUUGAAGACUGUGAAUUCACAUACCUCUCUACACAGGUACUUAUUUAUCUUCUAUUAAUUCCAUUCACUGUCGAAGUAUUUUGCCUCAUCUACCUUGUUUCCUGCCUCCAUUGUUUUAUCUCUGUUACCUGUUGCGGACGGUGCUGACGAGGCAUUGCCUUCCUCUCAGAUGAAUCUCGUCUGAGAGGAAGGCAAUGCAGCACAUAAAUCUUAAGGCUCUUCUUCCUUGUCCUCUCCACUGUCCUAACUUGGAGGUUUGCUGUCUUCUUCCUCCAUCACCUCCAUUUCCCAAGGGGCAUAUCAUCUCACCGACAAUAGUCUGUCUCCUCCCCGCUUCCCCCCACCAUUUAAGGUCUGCUGCCUUUGCUACCCACGCACAGUCAUCUUUCUUCUUUCGUCAUCCAAGGUCAUCCACAGUUCUGUGACGCUACGUUCUCCUCAUCAUCCAUAGUUCUCCAUUAUCCUUCUCCCAUCCAACGCUCCACCAUCUCAGGCGUGCCCACAUGCCCCCACUCCUUCCCUCGUUUCCUCCCCCCAUCACUAAGGGCCAGGUCACGCAUCUGAGCUCUGUGAAGCUACUUGGGUCAUUUUCUUGGAGUUUUCCUGAUAGCUAAGAUCCCUUCAGCAGUCAUACCCUAUAUUGCCUGGGCUUGUUAUUUCUGAUGCCACAGGACUGAUAAGUAGGGUUUCACAUCAUGUUUCUAUAGUCCCUCACCAAAUCCAUUUUCUGAUGUUUUCCUGGUGCUUUUCUAUAGAUCCUUCACUUUAUUGGAAAUGAAGGCCCAAAGACUUCCGAUCCCAGUAAGUACAUAAGGUACAUCUACAAUCGUGUCAUCCUCGAGAACGCCACUGUUCGGGCUGCCGCAGUGAGUACCUUGGCGAAGUUUGGGGCUUUGGUCGGUUCUUUGAAGGUAUAUAUAAAACAAAGAAUAAAAAUAUAUAUAUAUAUACUAUUAUUUUUCUAUUUUAUUCAUUUUCUUGUACUCAAAUAUAUUAAAUUGUGCGGUCAUGUUUCAGCCCCGCAUUCUUAUCCUUCUGAGGCGUUGCUUAUACGAUAUUGAUGACGAGGUGAGCUCUGGCUACACACAUGCCCGCUCUUUUUUAUCUUUGCUGAUUGGAGAGUUAACCCGGACCAAGUAGUCAAACAUCAUCUAUAUCCAUAAUUAUACUCCAUCUAUGCAUUCUUACCGAUGAAUAACAAAAAACCACUAUGGUCACAAUAUGCGAGACCUCUAAUCCGAUAUCUUUCCUCAUUCAUGCGUUCAUAAAUAAUAAUGGUUCUGUAGCAUUAUCUGACGCUCUCAUUGUUUGUUCCUAUAAAUAGUAAAAGAUGCCCCAAGCAAGGUACCCACUCGAAUAAGCUCCUCCCAUUUAUUUGGGGCCCUCGGAGAACUCAAUCAUCAUCUGACCCUCCCUCCGAUUAUCUCUGAAUCCAGCUCUCCAUCUGUUCAUUCGUUCUUGCAUCACGAAUUCAUCUCUCCACUCUGUUCCAGGUCCGUGAUCGUGCCACGCUCUAUCUUGACACACUUGCCAGCGGAGAAUCGGAAGCCACCAACGACCAGACCGAUGAAGAUGUCAAAGGAUUCCUCUUUGGGUCACUGGGCAUUCCACUGAACAAUCUGGAGACGAGCCUUCAGAAAUACGUGGGCCCUGUGAUACGCACAUUUGUAUUAUAUUCUGUUAUAUUAUAUUAUAUUAUAUUGAAUAUGAUUUAUUUAAAUUAUAUCGGUCUGAUGGGUUAUUUUUUAUGCGAACGCAGGAGGUCUCUAAGGAGCCAUUUGACAUAGCUUCGGUGCCCAAGGAGGUGAAGUCCCAGCCUCUUGUGGAGAAGAAGGCGGCGGGUAAGAAGCCCACUGGAUUGGGGCCGCCUGCGUCAAAGCCUACAUCGGCUGUGGAUGCAUACGAAAGGCUGCUGUCCUCCAUUCCUGAGUUCUCCUCGUUUGGGAAGCUCUUCAAGGUCACUGCCCUUCUCUGUCUCUUUCCCCCCAGUCAACACCCAAUAAACAGCAGAACUCUCUCCCUCUCUCUCUCUCAUGUUCUUGGGAGCAUUUAAAGACAGAUGGGUUGAUUUUCCAGUUCGGAUUAUGAAACUGGGGUGGAAUUUUUUUUUAAAAAUUCUUGGGUUUCCCCUUUUUGCAGUCAUCGGCGCCAGUGGAGCUGACAGAAGCGGAGACCGAGUACUCGGUCAACGUCGUCAAGCACGUCUACGACGGGCACGUCGUGCUCCAGUACAACUGCACCAACACCAUCCCUGAGCAGCUGCUCGAGAAUGUAAGCCAGGAACCCUAAACCUAAUUCUUUAACGGAGCGGGUGCGAUGUCCUUCAUUUAACCCUUUUUCUUCUCUCUCUCACUCUCUCUCUUUAUCUCUGUGUUUCUGUUUGGUUGCAGGUGACCGUGCUGGUUGAUGCCUCUGAAGCUGAGGAGUUCUCGGAGGUGGCCGUGUGGCCCCUGAAGAGCCUGCCCUACGACUCCCCGGGGCAGACCUUCGUCGCCUUCGAGAAGCCCGAAGGUGCCGUCAGCGCUGGAAAGUUCUCCAACCUGUUGAAGUUCAUCGUCAAGGAGGUAAUCCUUUUUUUUCUUUUUCUCCAUUUUAAUAUUUACUACUUGCUAGGUAGGGUUCUUCCCUUCUUCUUUUCCUCAACUGGGAGGGAGGGCAGUCAUCAUCAUCUCUCUUAACACUUUUUUAGUGAGAGAGAGAGAGAGGGUAUGGUGGUGGUGGGUGGUGCUGACUGGGUAGUGUGGCAGGUGGAUCCGUCGACAGGGGAGGCAGAGGAGGAGGGGGUGGAGGACGAGUACCAGCUGGAGGAGGUGGAGAUCGUGGCGGCAGACUACAUGCUGAAGGUUCCAGUCUCCAACUUCAGGAACGCCUGGGAAGCCAUGGGGGAUGAGAAUGAGCGCGUCGAUGAGUAUGGUCUCGGCCCCAGGGACAGCCUUUCCGAGGCUGUCUCCGCCGUCAUCAACGUUCUUGGCAUGCACCCUUGUGAGGUCUCUCUCUCUCUCUCUCUCUCUCUCUCUCUCUCUCUCGCACACACACUAUAUCGUUCACACGCUCUCUCUCAUCCAUAUCGUUGCUUCUCUCUCACCCUCUCUUUCUUUAUCGUUCUCUCUCUCUCUGUAUCUAUCUGUGACCCUCUCUCUUUCUUUACCAUUCUCUGUCUCCGUCUCUCUCUCUAUCUAUCUAUCUUUUCUUCUUUCUCCCACUGCCUUUCUCUCUCUCACUCUAUCCCUCUCUACCGCUCCCUCUCUUUCUAUCUCUAACCUUGUGAGGUCAGUCCCUCCCUCGUCUUUGAAUCCACAAGAUACGAAAUUCCAAGAGAGUAUUGAUCCUUGUGGAUUCAGAGGGUCGCCUCAUCAAGUCCUCGAGGAUUCAACGAUCCAAGCUCCACAUUCUAUAGAUUCUGGACGUUGUUCGUUUCUUGUAGAUUUUUUUCUUCACACAGAUUUCAGAUUGCGUCAAGUUCCUAUUCUCUCUCUCUCUUUCUCUCUCUCUAUCUAUUUAUCCUUGUGGAUGUAGGGGUCGGAGGUGGUCCCAAACAACUCGAGGUCCCACACGUGCCUCCUCUCGGGGGUCUUCAUCGGCAACGCGAAGGUCCUCGUUCGUCUCGCCUUCGGCAUCGACGCCUCCAAGCACGUCGCCAUGAAGCUCGCCGUCCGCUCCGACGAUCCCUCCGUCAGCGAAGCCAUUCACGACAUUGUCAACGGCUGA